UGGGUAGGACUGGGGGGGGGUAGCUUGCUGUGGAUUUGGGAAAGCAGCUCAGCUGGUUCUGGCAGUGAGGGGGUUGACUGACAGUCUGCAGUGCAGUGGAGUUAGCUGGGCUCCCUAUAUGGCUAUGGAUUAGCUAUAUGCUAAUACAGAGAAGGAGGAAAGGCGCUGUUCUGAACCCAGCGAGCUGCCGCCAGUGGAGGCAAUCAGAGGCUGAGCCGUGCUACCUCCUCCGGAGCCAUGGCUGAAGGGGGUGAAGGAGGGGAAGAUGAAAUACAGUUCCUACGAACUGAUGAUGAAGUUGUGCUUCAGUGUGUUGCCAACAUUCACAAAGAACAACGGAAGUUCUGCCUGGCAGCUGAAGGCCUUGGGAACCGCCUUUGCUUUUUGGAACCGACUUCAGAAGCUAAAUAUGUCCCUCCUGACCUUUGCAUCUGUAACUUUGUACUGGAGCAGUCUUUAUCUGUCAGAGCCCUCCAGGAAAUGCUUGCCAAUACAGGAGACAAUUCCAGUGAAGGGGCAGCUCAAGGUGGUGGUCAUAGAACACUGCUGUACGGCCAUGCUAUACUGCUUCGUCAUUCAUUCAGUGGAAUGUAUUUGACAUGCUUGACAACAUCAAGAUCUCAGACAGAUAAGCUUGCAUUCGAUGUGGGGCUUCAAGAAAAUGCAGCAGGUGAAGCAUGCUGGUGGACCAUACAUCCUGCUUCUAAACAGAGAUCUGAAGGAGAAAAGGUACGGAUUGGAGAUGAUCUUAUCCUGGUUAGCGUUUCCUCUGAAAGAUACUUGCAUCUCUCCGCAACAUAUGGAAACAUACAGGUGGAUGCUUCCUUUAUGCAAACACUGUGGAAUGUACACCCUACUUGUUCAGGAAGUAGCAUUGAAGAAGGAUACCUACUUGGUGGACAUGUAUUGCGUUUAUUUCAUGGCCAUGAUGAGUGUUUGACCAUCCCAUCUACAGAACAGAACGAUUCACCGCACAAGCGCCUAUUUUAUGAAGCAGGGGGAGCUGGUGUCCGUGCAAGGUCGCUGUGGAGAGUAGAACCCCUUCGAAUAAGCUGGAGUGGAAGUAACAUCCGCUGGGGACAGCCCUUUCGUCUUCGCCACAUUACAACAGGACAAUUUUUGGCCCUGACAGAAGACUUGGGUCUUGUCUUGUUAGACAGAGAAAAGGCUGACACAAAAUCAACUUCCUUUUGUUUUAGAGUGUCCAAGGAAAAACUGGACUCUGGUCACAAACGUGAUAUAGAGGGCAUGGGAGUUCCUGAAAUAAAGUAUGGCGAUUCUGUUUGUUUUGUGCAGCAUGUAGCCAGCACUUUGUGGCUCACAUAUAAAGCACAGGAUGCUAAAACAACACGCUUAGGACCGCUGAAAAGAAAGGUUAUAUUACACCAAGAAGGGCACAUGGAUGAUGGCCUCACGUUGCAACGGUGUCAACAUGAAGAAUCCCAAGCUGCUAGAAUCAUUCUCAACACAACAAGAUUAUUUAGUCAAUUUAUAAGUGGAAACAAUAGAACCUCAACUCCCAUCACCCUUCCCAUCGAAGAGGUACUUCAGACACUGCAAGAUCUGAUUACAUAUUUUCUACCUCCAGAAGAAGACCUAGAACAUGAGGAUAAGCAAAACAAACUUCGUUCACUCAAGAACAGACAAAACCUAUUCAAAGAAGAGGGGAUGCUGGCACUGGUUUUGAACUGCAUUGAUCGCUUAAAUGUCUACUAUAGUACUGCUCAUUUUACAGGUGUUGGUAGAGAACAAAAUGGUACAGCAUGGAAAGAAAUUCUGAAUCUUCUUUACAAAUUACUAGCUGCUCUCAUUUGUGGUAACAGAAACAAUUGUGCCCAGUUUUCUAAUAAUCUUGAUUGGUUAAUUAGUAAAUUGGACAGACUAGAAUCUUCUUCAGGUAUUUUGGAAGUGUUGCACUGCAUCCUGAUUGAAAGCCCAGAGGCUUUAAAUUUGGUAGAAGAAGGCCAUAUCAAAUCCAUCAUCUCAUUGCUGGAUAAGCAUGGACGCAACCAUAAGGUUCUUGAUGUGCUUUGCUCUCUGUGUCUCUGUAACGGAGUAGCAGUGCGUGCUAAUCAGAACUUAAUCUGUGACAAUCUUCUUCCUCGAAGAGAUCUACUCUUGCAAACACGUCUGGUGAAUGAUGUGACAAGUAUGAGGCCAAACAUAUUUCUUGGAAUCGCUGAGGGCUCAGCACAAUAUAGGAAAUGGUACUUUGAACUAAUAAUUGAUCAAGUAGACCCAUUUUUGACGGCAGAACCUACACAUCUACGGGUUGGCUGGGCCUCCACAUCAGGCUACGCUCCUUAUCCUGGAGGUGGGGAAGGAUGGGGAGGCAAUGGUGUUGGUGAUGACCUAUACUCAUAUGGCUUUGAUGGACUUCAUCUAUGGUCUGGUCGAGUACCCAGAGCAGUCGCAUCUGUCAAUCAGCAUUUGCUAGCAUCUGAUGACGUGGUCAGCUGUUGCUUGGAUUUAGGGGCACCCAGCAUUUCUUUCCGCAUUAAUGGGCAGCCUGUGCAAGGAAUGUUUGAGAACUUCAACACCGAUGGACUUUAUUUUCCGGUGGUGAGCUUCUCGGCAGGUGUCAAAGUGCGUUUCUUAAUGGGUGGCCGCCAUGGAGAGUUCAAGUUUCUACCACCUACCAGCUAUGCGCCUUGCUAUGAAGCUUUGCUUCCAAAAGAGAAGAUGAAACUGGAGCCAGUAAAAGAAUAUAAGAGAGAUUCAGAUGGAGUUAGAGAUUUGCUUGGUACCACACAAUUUCUCUCCCAAGCUAAUUUUAUUCCUUUUCCAAUUGACACCAGCCAGAUUGUUUUGCCUUUCCAUCUUGAGAAGAUCAGAGACAAGCUUGCUGAAAAUAUUCAUGAACUCUGGGGAAUGAAUAAAAUAGAACUCGGCUGGACCUACGGCAAGAUACGAGAUGAUAAUAAAAGACAACACCCUUGUCUAGUGGAAUUUUCAAAACUACCUGAAACCGAGAAGAACUAUAAUCUGCAAAUGUCAACAGAAACUUUAAAAACCCUUUUGGCCCUUGGGUGUCACGUUAUUCAUGUAAAUCCAGGAGCAGAGGAAGAUCUUAAGAAAAUCAAGUUGCCCAAAAAUUACAUGAUGUCAAAUGGCUAUAAACCAGCUCCUCUAGAUCUUUCUGAAGUGAAAUUGUCACCAUCACAAGAAGUAUUGGUUGAUAAACUUGCAGAGAACGCACAUAAUGUCUGGGCAAAAGACAGAAUAAAACAAGGUUGGACCUACGGCAUUCAGCAGGAUCUCAAAAACAAACGAAAUCCUCGACUGGUGCCGUAUACAUUAUUAGAUGAACGUACUAAGAAAUCAAACAGAGACAGCCUUCGUGAAGCUGUUCGAACCUUUGCUGGUUAUGGAUAUAACAUUGAGCCACCGGAUCAAGAACUAGCUGACCAAACAGUGGAAAAAGUGAGCAUUGACAAGAUACGCUUCUUCAGAGUAGAGCGGUCUUAUGCAGUUAAGACUGGAAAGUGGUAUUUUGAAUUUGAAGCUGUAACAGGAGGAGAUAUGCGUGUUGGGUGGGCGAGGCCAGGCUGUCGGCCUGACAUAGAACUAGGAGCUGAUGACCAAGCAUUUGUGUUCGAAGGCAGCAAAGGGCAACGUUGGCACCAGGGCAGUGGAUUCUUUGGACGAAAUUGGCAACCAGGAGAUGUUGUGGGCUGUAUGAUCAAUCUAGAUGAUAAAUCAAUGAUAUUUACACUGAAUGGAGAGUUACUUAUAACCAAUAAAGGUUCAGAACUGGCUUUUGCUGACUUUGAAAUAGAUAAUGGUUUUGUCCCUAUUUGCUCAUUGGGUCUGUCUCAGAUUGGCCGAAUGAAUUUUGGAAGAGAUGCUAGCACCUUCAAGUAUUAUACAAUGUGCGGUCUUCAAGAAGGCUUUGAACCUUUUGCUGUCAACAUGAACAGGGAAGUGGCUAUGUGGUUUAGCAAACGCUUACCAACGUUUGUCAAUGUACCAAAAAGCCACCCGCAUAUAGAGGUAACAAGAAUUGAUGGAAACAUUGACAGCCCGCCACGUCUAAAAGUUACCCAUAAGACAUUUGGAACACAGAAUAGUAAUGCAGACAUGAUAUAUUGUCGCUUGAGCAUGCCAGUUGAAUUCCACUCAUCUUUUAACUACAGCGCUGGUUUGGAACUUGUUGAUGGUUUCCAAAAAAGAAAACAAAGCCAAGAGUUACUUGUUCAUGCCACAACAUACUUCUACUCAGUGCGGAUCUUUGCUGGUCAAGACCCAUCUUCAGUCUGGAUUGGUUGGGUAACUCCUGACUACCACUUUUACAGUGAACAUUUUGACCUAAAUAAGAACAGCACAGUAACAGUUACAUUGGGAGAUGAAAGAGGCAGAGUUCAUGAAAGCGUAAAACGUAGCAAUUGUUACCUGGUCUGGGGAGGAGAAACAUCUGUUAAUUCACAAAGAUCAGGUCGUGGUAAUGUUGAUUUAGAAAUUGGAUGUCUUGUUGAAUUGGCUACCGGAAUGUUGUCAUUCACAGCCAAUGGAAAAGAGCUGGGAACUUUCUACCAGGUUGAACCAAACACAAAAUUAUUUCCAGCAGUUUUUUUACAGCCUACAAGCACAAACCUGAUACAGUUUGAACUGGGUAAAUUAAAGAACACCAUGCCAUUAUCAGCAGCAAUUUUUAAAAGUGAAGAAAGAAACCCUAUUCCACAGUGUCCUCCUCGACUAGAUGUUCAAACAAUCACACCUGUUGUGUGGAGCAGAAUGCCAAACAGUUUUCUAAAAGUAGAGGCUGACCGAGUCAGUGACCGUCAUGGGUGGUUGGUGCAAUGCCUGGAACCUUUGCAGAUGAUGGCCCUUCAUAUUCCAGAAGAAAGCAGGUGUAUUGAUAUUUUGGAGCUAUGUGAACAAGAAGAUUUGAUGAGGUUCCACUACCAUACUUUAAAACUAUAUAGUUCCGUUUGUGCACUGGGUAAUAACAGAGUAGCUUAUGCACUUUGCAGCCAUGUGGAUAUUUCCCAAUUAUUUUUUACAAUAGAUAAUCAAUAUUUGCCUGGAUUUUUACGGUUUGGAUUCUAUGACUUGCUUAUCAGCAUUCAUUUAGAAUACUCCAAGGAAGCUAAACUCAUGAUGAACAAUGAAUUUAUCAUUCCUAUUACAGAUGAAACCAGAAAAAUCAAAUUAUUCCCAGAUGAAUCAAAGAGACAUGGUUUGCCUGGAGUUGGGCUUAGCACCUGCUUGAAACCCAAUUUUAAGUUUUCUACCCCUUGUUUCGUUUUGUCUCAUGAGGAUCAUCAAAAACCUAGUCCAGAGAUACCGCUUGAGAUGCUUAAGUCCAGGGCCAUAAGCAUGCUAACAGAAUCAGUCUACUGCAGUGGAACUCACAUACGAGACCCUGUUGGAGGGAAAGUUGAGUUCCAGUUUGUUCCUGUCCUGAAACUAAUAGGAACUUUGCUCAUAAUGGGAGUUUUUGAUAAUCAUGAUGUUAAGCAGAUUUUACUCCUCAUCGAUCCAUGUGUGUUUGGUGAGCCCAAGGAAGAAGCAAUGGAGAAAGCAGAGAAAGAGGAUGUUACACAGGUAGAAGAAAAAGCUGUAGAGGCUGGGGAAAAGGCAAUCAAGGAAACUAAAACUCCAGUAAAAGGCUUGCUGCAAACAAGAUUACCUGAAUCUGUUAAACUCCAGAUGUGUGAGCUGCUUAAUUAUUUCUGCGACUGUGAGCUGAAACACAGAGUGGAAGCCAUUGUAUCAUUUGCAGAUACUUAUGUCUCAAAGUUGCAGUAUAAUCAGAAAUACAGAUAUAAUGAACUCAUGCAAGCCUUGAAUAUGUCUGCUGCUUUAACUGCCAGAAAGACAAAGGAAUUUCGUUCUCCACCUCAAGAACAGAUUAAUAUGUUGUUAAAUUUUCAACUGGGGGAGGAUUGCCCUUGUCCAGAAGAGAUUCAGGAAGAGCUAUAUGAGUUUCAUGAUGAUCUCCUAAUCCAUUGUGGCAUUCCACUAGAUGCAGAAGAGGAAGAAGAGGAAGAUAUCUCAUGGACUGGCAAACUACGUUCAUUGAUAUAUAAAUUAAAAGGGGCCCCCAAAACAGAAAAAAGAGAGCCUACAGAGGAAGAAGAAAGAUGUCCUACUACACUGAAGGAGUUGAUAUCUCAAACGAUGGUUCGCUGGGCUCAAGAAGAUCAGAUCCAAGAUCCAGAAUUAGUUCGUAUUAUGUUUAACCUUCUUCGAAGACAGUAUGAUAGCAUUGGUGAACUGCUGCAGGCUCUGAGGAAGUCCUACACUAUAAGUGCUGCCUCUGUGCAAGACACAAUCAACUUAUUAGCAGCACUGGGUCAAAUUCGCUCCCUUCUCAGUGUCAGAAUGGGAAAAGAAGAAGAACUGCUUAUGAUUAAUGGCCUAGGAGAUAUAAUGAACAACAAAGUAUUUUAUCAACAUCCCAAUUUAAUGAGAGUCCUGGGUAUGCAUGAGACAGUUAUGGAAGUUAUGGUAAAUGUACUUGGAGGAGACAAAUCUCAGAUUGCUUUUCCUAAAAUGGUGGCAAGUUGUUGUCGCUUCCUAUGCUAUUUCUGUCGAAUCAGUCGCCAAAACCAAAAGGCCAUGUUUGAGCACCUAAGUUAUUUACUUGAAAAUAGCAGUGUGGGACUUGCUUCACCUUCUAUGAGGGGUUCCACUCCUCUAGAUGUAGCAGCUGCCUCUGUUAUGGACAAUAAUGAGCUUGCACUUGCGCUGGAGGAGCCAGACCUAGAAAAAGUUGUAACCUACUUGGCAGGUUGUGGUCUUCAGAGCUGCCCAAUGCUUUUAGCAGCAGGAUAUCCUGACAUUGGUUGGAAUCCAAUAGAGGGUGAACGAUAUCUGUCAUUCUUAAGAUUUGCUGUUUUUGUUAAUGGUGAAAGUGUUGAGGAAAAUGCCAGUGUGGUUGUCAAGCUUCUUAUUCGAAGGCCAGAAUGUUUUGGUCCAGCUCUUAGAGGAGAAGGAGGAAAUGGGUUGUUGGCUGCUAUGCAAGGAGCAAUUAAAAUAUCUGCGAACCCAGCUCUAGAUCUUCCCUCUCAGGGGUAUAAGAGGGAACUCCUUGAAGAUGAUGAGGAAGAAGAAGAGAUAGUGCACAUGGGCAAUGCAAUUAUGUCUUUCUACUCAGCUCUUAUAGAUUUGCUUGGGCGCUGUGCACCAGAAAUGCAUCUUAUCCAAACUGGAAAAGGUGAAGCUAUUAGAAUCCGGUCAAUCCUACGUUCCCUGGUGCCAACAGAAGAUUUGGUUGGGAUUAUAAGCAUACCACUAAAAUUACCAACAGUAAACAAAGAUGGAACAGUCACUGAGCCAGACAUGUCUGCAAGUUUCUGCCCUGACCAUAAGGCACCCAUGGUGCUUUUUCUAGAUCGAGUCUAUGGUAUAAAGGACCAAAGCUUCCUUCUCCACCUCCUGGAGGUUGGAUUUUUACCAGAUUUAAGGGCAUGUGCCUCAUUGGAUACAGUUUCUUUGAGUACCACAGAGACAGCUCUUGCUCUAAACAGAUAUAUUUGCACAGCUGUGUUUCCAUUACUCACUCGAUGCGCUUCUCUCUUUUCGGGAACUGAGCAUUUUGUCACUCUGAUUGACUCCAUGCUUCAUAUAAUAUAUCGAUUAUCCAAAGGACGGUCCCUUACAAAAGCACAAAGAGACACAAUAGAAGAAUGCUUGCUUGCUAUUUGCCAUCAUUUACGGCCUUCUAUGCUGCAACAGCUUUUGCGACGGCUAGUUUUUGAUGUACCUUUACUUAAUGAAUACUGUAAAAUGCCACUUAAGCUUCUAACAAAUCACUACGAGCAAUGCUGGAAAUAUUACUGUUUGCCUUCUGGAUGGGGAAGCUAUGGAAUUGCAGCUGAAGAAGAGCUACAUUUAACUGAAAAACUUUUCUGGGGAAUAUUUGAUUCCCUCUCUCAUAAGAAGUAUGAUCCAGAGCUUUUCCGAAUGGCCUUGCCCUGUUUAAGUGCAAUAGCUGGGGCUUUGCCACCAGAUUAUUUAGACACCCGAAUUACCUCAGUUUUAGAAAAGCAGACGUCAGUGGAUGCUGAAGGGAACUUUGAUCCCAAACCUAUCAACACAGUGAAUUUUACACUACCUGAAAAGUUGGAGUACAUUGUCAACAAGUAUGCUGAACAUACACAUGACAAAUGGGCGUGUGACAAGAGUAAUGGUGGAUGGAAGUAUGCUGCUUCACUUGAUGACAAUAUGAAAACACAUCCUUUAAUAAGGCCUUUUAAAACAUUGACUGAAAAGGAAAAGGAAAUCUAUCGAUGGCCUGCCAGAGAAUCCCUUAAAACCAUGUUAGCGAUGGGAUGGAGUCUAGAAAGAACCAAAGAAGGAGAAUCAAUUGUACAACAACGUGAAAAUGAAAAGCUCCGCAGCAUAUCACAGUCCAGCCAAGGGAAUGGAUAUAGCCCAACGCCACUAGAUCUUUCAAAUGUUGUGCUCUCCAGAGAAUUCCAGGGAAUGGUUGAAGUAGUGGCAGAAAACUAUCAUAAUAUUUGGGCUAAAAAGAAGAAAAUUGAAUUGGAAAGUAAAGGUGGUGGUAGUCAUCCUUUAUUGGUACCGUAUGACACUUUGACAGCCAAAGAAAAGUCUCGGGACAGGGAGAAAGCACAAGAAUUGUUCAAGUUUCUUCUAGUGAAUGGCAUUGCCAUAUCUAGAGGCUUAAAUGACAUGGAGUUGGAUGCUUCAUCAAUGGAAAAAAGGUUUGCCUAUAAAUUUCUGAAGAAGAUACUAAAAUAUGUUGACUCUGCUCAAGAAUUUAUUGCACAUUUAGAAGCCAGUGUCACCAGCGGAAAAACUGAGAAAUCCCCACAUGACCAAGAAAUAAAAUUCUUUGCCAAAGUUCUGCUACCAUUAGUUGACCAGUACUUUACCAAUCAUUGCUUGUACUUCCUCUCGUCCCCUACAAAGCCACUCAGCAGUAGUGGAUAUGCUUCAAAUAAAGAAAAAGAAAUGGUAGCAAGCCUUUUCUGCAAACUUGCUGCUCUUGUUAGACAUAGGAUUUCACUUUUCGGUAGUGAUGCUGCAACAAUGGUUAGCUGCCUACACAUCUUAGCUCAGACACUAGAUACAAGAACUGUCAUGAAAUCUGGUUCAGAGAUGGUUAAAGCAGGAUUGCGUGCCUUCUUUGAAAAUGCAGCUGAAGAUCUUGAGAAGACAUCAGAAAAUCUUAAACUUGGGAAAUUUACCCAUUCCCGAACACAAAUUAAAGGUGUCUCACAGAAUAUCAACUACACGACAGUCGCAUUGUUGCCUAUUUUAACAUCAAUUUUUGAACAUGUUGCUCAGCAUCAUUUUGGCACCGACUUGCUUUUAGGUGAUGUUCAAGUUUCAUGUUACAGAAUUCUUUGUAGCCUGUACUCUCUUGGAACUGGAAAGAACAUUUAUGUUGAAAGGCAACGACCAGCUCUUGGUGAGUGCUUAGCUUCACUUGCAGCAGCAAUUCCAGUAUCAUUUCUUGAACCUUCUCUCAAUCUUUACAAUACCCUCUCUGUCUUCAACACAAAAACUGCUAGAGAGAGAGCUAUUUUAGGGAUGCCUGAAACAGUGGAGGAAAUGUGUCCAGAAAUCCCUCACUUGGAUGGUUUAAUGAAAGAAAUAAACAGCUUGGCAGAAUCUGGAGCCAGAUAUACUGAAAUGCCACAUGUGAUUGAGGUGAUUUUGCCCAUGCUGUGCAACUACCUAUCAUACUGGUGGGGAAAAGGGCCUGAAAACAUUUCUGAAAGCGCUGGGCCCUGCUGCACAAUGGUAACCUCUGAACAUCUCAGCAUCAUACUGGGAAACAUUUUGAAAAUCAUCAAUAAUAACCUGGGGAUAGAUGAAGCAACUUGGAUGAAGAGAAUUGCAGUAUAUGCUCAGCCAAUUAUUAGCAAAGCCAGGCCAGAUCUGUUGAAAAGUCAUUUUAUUCCAACACUGGAAAAACUAAAGAAGAAAGCCAUAAAGAUAGUGAUGGAGGAGGAACAACUGAAAGCAGACAGUAAAACUGAUACCCAAGAAGCAGAGCUCCUCAUUCUAGAUGAAUUUGCAGUUCUUUGUCGAGACCUUUAUGCUUUCUAUCCUAUGUUGAUCCGUUAUGUAGACAACAACAGAUCAAACUGGCUUAAAAAACCAGAUGCAGAUUCUGACGAACUUUUCCGAAUGGUAGCUGAGGUUUUCAUCCUCUGGUGUAAAUCACAUAAUUUCAAGAGAGAAGAACAAAAUUUUGUGAUUCAGAAUGAAAUCAACAAUUUGGCAUUUCUGACAGGAGACAACAAGAGUAAGAUUUCAAAAGCCAUGCAAGUAAAGUCUGGAGGUCAUGAUCAAGAACGAAAGAAAUCAAAACGUAGAGGGGAUUUAUACUCAAUACAGACUUCUCUGAUUGUAGCUGCACUUAAAAAGAUGCUUCCCAUUGGACUGAAUAUGUGUACUCCUGGAGAUCAGGAACUGAUUUCUCUUGCUAAGUCUAGAUACAGCUUUAAAGACACAGAAGAAGAGGUCAAAGAGCAUUUACGCAAUAACUUGCAUUUGCAGGAGAAGUCAGAUGAUCCAGCUGUGAAAUGGCAGCUGAAUCUGUACAAAGAUGUCUUGAAAACCGAUGAACCUGCUGAUCCGGAGAAAACGGUGGAACGUGUGCAAAGGAUCUCAGCAGCUGUCUUUCAUCUGGAACAGGUUGAGCAACCAUUAAGGUCAAAGAAAGCAGUUUGGCACAAACUCUUGUCAAAACAACGUAAAAGAGCUGUCGUUGCUUGUUUCAGGAUGGCACCAUUAUACAAUCUGCCAAGGCACCGUUCUAUUAACCUGUUCCUCCAUGGUUAUCAGAAAUUUUGGAUAGAAACAGAGGAAUAUUCCUUUGAGGAGAAACUAGUUCAGGAUUUGGCUACUCCCCCCAGAAAAGGUGAGGAGGAAGAGGAAGAGAUUGAAAAACAUCCUGAUCCUCUUCAUCAGAUUAUUCUUCAUUUCAGUCGGAAUGCUCUCACUGAAAGGAGCAAAUUGGAAAAUGACCCUUUGUACACUGCAUAUUCAGCAAUGAUGGCAAAGAGCUGUCAGAGUGAAAAUGAUGAUGAAGGGGAAGAAGAAGAUGAGGAAAAGGAGAAAACAUUUGAGGAAAAAGAAAUGGAAAAGCAGAAAACACUUUAUCAGCAAUCCCGACUCCAUGAACGUGGAGCUGCUGAGAUGGUAUUACAGAUGAUUAGCGCCAGUAAAGGUGAAAUGGGCCCCAUGGUAGUUGAAACCUUGAAACUUGGUAUUGCUGUUCUAAAUGGAGGUAACUCAGUUGUUCAACAGAAAAUGUUGGAUUACCUGAAGGAGAAAAAAGAUGCUGGAUUUUUUCAGUCUCUCUCUGGUUUAAUGCAAUCUUGCAGUGUUCUUGACUUGAAUGCCUUUGAGAGACAAAAUAAAGCAGAAGGCCUUGGAAUGGUCACAGAAGAAGGAACACUCAUCGUACGUGAGCGUGGUGAGAAAGUACUACAGAAUGAUGAGUUUACUAAAGAUCUGUUUAGAUUUUUACAACUGCUGUGUGAAGGUCAUAACAAUGAUUUUCAGAACUACUUACGCACUCAGAUGGGCAAUACCACAACAGUGAAUAUUAUUAUUAGCACAGUUGAUUAUCUUUUGCGUCUUCAGGAAUCAAUCAGUGACUUCUAUUGGUACUACUCUGGGAAAGAUAUAAUUGAUGAAUCUGGGCAACGUAACUUCUCUAAAGCAUUGGCUGUGACCAAGCAAAUUUUUAAUUCACUUACUGAAUAUAUCCAAGGUCCUUGCAUUGGAAACCAGCAAAGCCUGGCUCACAGCAGACUAUGGGAUGCAGUUGUUGGCUUUCUUCAUGUUUUUGCUAACAUGCAAAUGAAACUUUCUCAGGAUUCCAGUCAGAUUGAAUUGCUGAAAGAGCUAUUGGAUCUUUUGAAGGAUAUGGUGGUGAUGCUCUUGUCACUACUUGAAGGUAAUGUGGUAAAUGGCACAAUUGGAAAGCAGAUGGUGGACACUCUGGUUGAAUCAUCUAGCAAUGUUGAAAUGAUCUUGAAGUUCUUUGACAUGUUUCUCAAGUUGAAAGAUCUAACAAGCUCAGAAGCCUUCAAAGAAUAUGACCCAGAAAGUAAAGGCAUAAUCUCAAAGAAGGAAUUCCAGAAAGCCAUGGAAGGUCAGAAGCAAUAUACACAAUCAGAGAUUGACUUUCUGUUGUCCUGUGCAGAAACGGAUGAAAAUGACAUGUUUAACUAUGUUGAUUUUGUUGAACGAUUUCACGAGCCAGCCAAAGAUAUUGGAUUUAAUGUGGCAGUGCUCUUAACAAACCUUUCAGAGCAUAUGCCAAAUGAUUCACGACUUCAGACUUUAUUAGAUCCAGCAGAAAGUGUCCUUAAUUAUUUUGAACCUUAUCUGGGGCGCAUUGAGAUAAUGGGUGGUGCCAAGAAGAUAGAACGGGUUUAUUUUGAGAUCAGUGAAUCCAGCAGGACACAGUGGGAAAAGCCUCAAGUGAAAGAAUCAAAAAGGCAAUUUAUUUUUGAUGUUGUAAAUGAGGGUGGAGAACAAGAGAAAAUGGAGCUUUUUGUAAACUUCUGUGAGGAUACAAUUUUUGAAAUGCAAUUGGCAUCUGAGAUCUCAGAAUCAGAUGCAGUUGACAGACUUGAGGAGGCAGAGGAGGAUGAGCUCUGCUAUGUGAGGGAAGUUGGAGAAGAUGAGAAAGAAGAACAAUCGCUUGAAUCAGCUUCAGCGUUUGCAAUAGCAUGCGUUGCAGUGAAGAAAAAUGGUGCCACCAUUUUAAAAAUGAUUAGACUGAAAAACUUAAGGAAACAAUACAGAAAAGUGAGAAAGAUGACUGUAAAAGAAUUGGUAAAAGUGUCAUUUUCCUUUUUCUGGAUGCUAUUUGUAGGAUUUUUCCAAACAUUUCUCACUAUAGUGUGGGGUAUUUUUCAGAUUCUUUGGAGCACUGUGUUUGGGGGUGGCCUGGUAGAAGGAGCCAAAAAUAUAAGAGUUACCAAAAUUCUAGGAGACAUGCCGGAUCCAACACAGUUUGGGAUCCAUGAUGAUGUCCUUGAAGCAGAGAAAGCUGAACUUACAGAACAUGGCAUUCCAGCUGAAAUUGUGCAAUUUGUGAAAAAUGAAAAGGGAGAAACUGACAUUUUGUCAGAUAUUUUUGGCAUUCCUACACAGAAAGAAAGUGGAUCAAAACAUGGUCAUGAUAUUGGUCUAGGGGACAUUGCUGAUAUUGUUGGAUCAGAAACUUCUCCUCCUUUGGAAAGUGCAGUUCGCAAGAAGAAAAAGAUACAGAUUCCUGAAAUUGCAAAGGAUGAUGAAUCGGAAACAAGGACAGAAUCUGAGAAGGCUGACAUGGAAGAUGGUGAGAAACAAGAUAAAAUAAAGGAUGAUAUGUAUUCUGAACCUCUGGAAGUUGAAGAACCCAGGAAAAGGAAACGAAGGCAUGGACAAAAAAUAGAGAAACCCGAUGCAGUUAUGGCUAACUUUUUUAAAGUACUGGAAGUUUAUCAGACAAAAAUGCUGCACUAUUUGGCUAGAAAUUUCUACAAUUUAAGAUUUCUUGCACUUUUUGUUGCAUUCGCCAUCAACUUCAUUCUGCUCUUCUACAAGGUGACAGAAGAGCCGUUUGAAGAAAUGGAAGAAGAUUCUGAUUUAUGGCAUUCUUUAGAUGAGGAUGAGGAUGAAGGAGGAGUUGUGUUCUUUGUAUUACAAGAAAGUACAGGUUACAUGGCACCAACACUCAGAGCUCUAGCUGUUAUUCAUACAAUCAUUUCUUUUGUAUGUGUUAUUGGAUACUAUUGUUUAAAGGUUCCCCUGGUUGUAUUCAAGCGGGAAAAGGACAUUGCAAGGAAACUGGAAUUUGACGGUCUGUACAUUACCGAACAGCCUUCUGAAGAUGACAUUAAAGGACAAUGGGAUCGUCUGGUCAUAAACACUUCAUCUUUCCCAAAUAAUUACUGGGACAAGUUUGUAAAACGAAAGGUAAUCAACAAGUAUGGUGAUUUAUAUGGAGCAGAACGUAUUGCAGAACUCUUAGGUCUGGACAAAAAUGCUCUGGAUUUCAGCCCAGUCGAACAUACUGAACUAGAGGAAGCAUCUCUUCUUUCAUGGUUAAGUUCUAUUGAUGCCAAGUACCAUAUCUGGAAGCUUGGUGUAGUUUUCACUGAUAAUUCCUUCUUGUACUUAGCUUGGUAUACAACCAUGUCCAUCCUUGGCCACUACAACAACUUCUUCUUUGCUGCUCACUUGCUGGAUAUUGCUAUGGGUUUUAAGACUUUGCGUACCAUUCUGUCUUCUGUAACCCACAAUGGCAAACAGCUCGUAUUGACUGUUGGACUGUUGGCUGUAGUGGUAUACCUUUACACAGUUGUAGCAUUCAACUUCUUCCGCAAAUUUUAUAACAAGAGUGAAGAUGAGGAUGAGCCAGACAUGAAGUGUGAUGACAUGAUGACCUGUUACCUAUUCCAUAUGUAUGUGGGUGUAAGAGCAGGUGGAGGCAUCGGGGAUGAAAUUGAAGACCCUGCAGGAGAUCCUUAUGAAAUGUAUCGAAUUGUUUUUGAUAUCACAUUUUUCUUCUUUGUCAUUGUCAUCCUUCUGGCCAUCAUUCAAGGUCUGAUUAUUGAUGCCUUUGGUGAAUUAAGAGACCAACAAGAGCAAGUCAAAGAAGAUAUGGAGACCAAAUGCUUUAUUUGUGGAAUUGGUAAUGACUAUUUUGACACGACUCCCCAUGGGUUUGAAAUGCAUACUUUACAAGAGCACAACUUGGCCAACUACCUGUUCUUUCUGAUGUAUCUCAUUAAUAAGGAUGAAACUGAGCACACUGGACAGGAGUCGUAUGUAUGGAAAAUGUAUCAAGAAAGAUGCUGGGAUUUCUUCCCAGCUGGAGACUGCUUUCGUAAACAGUAUGAAGAUCAACUUGGAUAACCUUAUUAACUAAGAAGUUAUUGCACUCAAACUUACAAGAGCUAAAUAAAAAUCAAAUUCUUAUCAUUUAAUGGGAUAAUAUAGAUAUUACAUAUGUUUAACGUCUCCAUACAAUAAAAUAGUUUGCUUAAUUUUUUUGAGGAUUCAGCUGG